CACUAAAAAUAAUAAUUUUGGUUGUAUUGUGCAAAUAAAUGUACAUUUAACGAGCAAACUGCCGUACGAUUAAUUGUAGUUUCGUGAAUGGAUGAAACGGUUGCCAAGUUAUUAAAGGAACUUGAAGGUUCUUCAAAACCCUCUUCAACAUCAAAGGAAGUGUCAAAUGAUACCAAUUCAUCUCAGACUUUCAAUUCCGAACUAGAUCCUUCAUUCAACAAUCAAAAGGCUUCUCAGGAACUUGCUCUUGUCGAAAAUAUUCGAUCAUAUCCAGCAGCUUUACGCUAUGUCUUUUCAUUGCAAGUAAAAAACCCGGAGAAGCUGCGUAAAGUAAAAAAGUUGAAAACCAUGCAGGAACGCCAAGAACGCGAUUGGUUCAUGGAACGCCAAAGACUAAUUCACCAUCAUCAGUCUAAAAAUAAAUUAAAAAAUCUAUUGACACCUCUUUCGACUUCUCUGGGUCAUGCAUCUUCUCUUGAAAGGCAUUCUUCUACAAGCAACAAGAACUCUCUGAGCGAACACGACAGGGAACUUGAAGAAGUAUUAUCUGAAUUUGAUAAAAAGGUUGUUUUAUUAACCGAACGUAUGUAUUCCGACCAAAGAAAGGCACUUUCUGAGCUGCGUAUUCCGCUAUUCCUCAUUCCUUCAUCGGAACCUUUAACAGAAGAGCAAAGCAACUUAAUGAGGCUGUUACAGGAUCUAUUUAGUGAAUGAAACGAGCUAAUAGGUUAUCUUUAAAAUUAUAUUAGCAAAAAAGUUCUUUCUUAUACUUAGUAAAUAGCAUAUAUAGGAAUGAUUUCUAUGAAAACCCAAAAAUAUAAGAUUACCAAAAUAAUAUUUAUUUCAUUACCUUGAAUACUAACAG